GACACUAGUAAGAGUAGGGGUGAUGUGCUGGAGAUCUAUGGCCUUGGAGGGACGUGGUUUGAUUGUCGUGAUGUGGAGGGAUUUCUGGAAUCGAUGGGGGUUGAUGUCAUUAAUGGAUGGAUGUUUCGGAGGUGCAGUAGGACUGGGGAUGCUGGGGAGUCGUGGGUUUUGGAUGUCGAGGGAUUCUUUCUGAGACUCCUUCCUGGGCUUGUUAUUCUUGGUCGUGCGCCGGGGUUUAGGGAGGUGGAUGUUAAACGUGCGUUGCAGGCUUCGAUGCGGAGAGUGGAUCAUAUAUAUGGAGACAGAUAGCUUUGUGCUAGUCACUUGCCUCGGAGCUUGGCUUGAGUUGAUUAUAAUAUCUCGGUGGGGAAUGGGUACUAUGUUCGGACUUUCAAGCCGGGCUAAUAGCCAACAUUACAGGACAGCUGCUGUGAUUAGACGAAGUCUGUCUUAGAGUUUUCAACUCAAUAAUAAUAUCAAAGGUCUAUAGAACAAGAUUUAAAGAAAGUUCCUGUUCGUAUAGCUUCACUCUAGAGCAGGAAAAGAGGAUGGUAUGAAACUCCGAGAACAUACCGAAGCCAUUACUCGCAC